CUUGAGAAGCCACGGCCCGGCCUGGUCCAGCUGCACUCUCCGCACUGCCGCUGCUGCUGCCACAGGGGUGAGAGCAAUUAUUUCACAACACCCAAACGCAGGAGAAGAAAAAGGAGGGAGAGAAGGAGGAGGAGGAGGAGGCGCGCUGCUAGAAAGAAAAACUAGAGUGUAAGAAGAAUGAUGGUUGAGAUUUUGGACCUGUGAGGCCGGAAAGAGGAGAGAGAUGGCAGUGCACGUUUUUAAAUGCCUGCGCCGACCCGGGCGCUAGAGCAGCCAACAGAGGUGAGUGAAAGAGUGUGUAGGCCCAUCCAGCGCUGUGACAGGAGCGGCAUGGAAUAUGAGGAGUCAGACUUUCUACCUGCAGACACCCCCAGGAAAAAAGGAGGCGCCGUGUCCAAGAAGACUCAUUUGACCCAGAUUGAAGUUAUCCCAUGCAAGAUUUGUGGCGAUAAGUCUUCUGGAGUGCAUUAUGGAGUCAUCACAUGUGAAGGCUGCAAGGGCUUUUUCCGGCGCAGCCAGCUUCCCACCGUAUCCUACUCCUGCUCCAGGCAGAGUAACUGUCAGAUCGACCGGGCCAGCCGGAACCGCUGCCAGCACUGCCGCUUGCAGAAGUGUUUGGCUCAGGGCAUGAGCAGAGAUGCUGUGAAGUUUGGCCGCAUGUCCAAACGUCAGAGGGACUCUCUUAUUGCUGAAGUGGAGCGACACAGACAGCAGCAGCAACAGCAGCAGCUUCAGGACGACACGCAGGUGGAGCUGUCCUACCCACCCAAAAACCGCCAGGACCACUCCCCACAGCUCCUUCAGCCCAUCGCCACACCGUACCCCUACGUCGGUGACGCCUACGGCGCAGAGGUCCACCCCUAUCUGGUUUACUCCCCGAGCGACUCGCAGGGGUACCGGGGCUCCGGUGUCUCCCCUACGUCCAGAUUCCAGGGGCGGGGGGACGGCGGUGGUCACCAUGAUAUCAGAGGAUUUGACUCCAGACAGCAACAUCAGGAUCUCAUGGCUCUUCAUUCCUACAAUCCUCUCGAUGACCUCUACAACCACUAUCCCCACUCUCUGCGAAACAUAGAUGAGCUGUGCACCAGCAUUGUGCGUUCCCACAGAGAAACCAGCCAGUACAGACUGGAGGAGCUGCAGGCUCUCAAAUGGAAAUUGUUCAGCAGAGAGGAGAUCCAAGCCUACCAGAGCAAGACAGUGGACGAGAUGUGGCAGCACUGUGCCGUCCGACUGACUGAUGCUGUUCAGUAUGUGGUGGAGUUUGCAAAACACAUCCCAGGUUUCCGGAUGCUCAGCCAGAAUGACCAGAUCGCACUCCUCAAAACUGGCUCCAUGGAGGUGGUUCUGGUCCGAAUGUGCCGCUUCUUCAACACAGAAAACAACACUGUUUUCUUCGAUGGAAAAUUUGCUGGAACUGAAGUCUUCAAGUCUUUGGCGUGCGGUGAUUUGAUCGCGGCGGUGUUCGACUUCGCUCACGGCAUGUGUGCUCUGAAACUCACAGAGCAGCAGCUCGCCCUCUUCAGUGCUCUGGUCCUAAUCAACGCUGACCGUCCCUCUCUAGAGGACAGAGUGAGAGUCCAACGAGUACAUAGAAGUGUGGAGGUGGGACUCACUCACAUUCUUCACCGAGACAACCACGAUAGUCUGUUGCAUAAGCUCUACCAGAGGAUGGCAGUGUUGCGCUCGCUGUGCAGCCUGCACAUGGAGAAGCUGCGCUGGUUCAGCCAACGAUACCCACUCACUGCUCACUCUCUGUUCCCCCCGCUCUACAAGGAGCUGUUUGCGUCCGAGGCCGAGCUGCUGCCGGGGGCAACUCACUGAGCAACCAGCGGAGAACUCAGACAUAUAAGCACAUGUCCGCAGACGAGCAGAACCUGGAGUUUUAUUGGUACUUCCCAAAGGAAUCUGUAUUCUCAAUAGGAGGAAACUGCAACUGUAAUGGAUUAUUCAAUGAAUUGAAUUGAGUAAUUCAAAUCAUUGAUAGGUUGGUAGAUUGAUUAUUUCAGGGAACUGUGAAUUUUGAUGUUUUUUGAGAGUAUAUUUUUAGGGUUUCUUUUGUCUCAGGAUGUGCUGUCGUGAUUCUUCCCAGCCGUAGUCACUGAGUUUGUCACAGUUUGUUUAUGCAUUUAUUCAAAGAGGCAGGAUGCACUGUCAAUGUAAACCUAAAAUGACCCCAACAUCUCUCUGCAAAUGAAAACAUCACUCAAUGCAUCUAGCUUGUGUGUUUCGCAUAAGCUUGGAUUCAACUUGAAAUUACUUUAAAAAAAAAAUUACAGUAAAAAAUUGCAGUAAAAAUGCUGUUACCAUUUACUUGUAGUCCAGUUUAAAACCAGAGCGUUUCACUGGUGCUGUAAGUUUAGCAUUUUUAGCAGUAAAUACCACACUGGUUUAAAAGAAGAAAAAAAAAGAAACAAGAAACAAACUGUGCUUUCCGGUAAAAAACAAGCAAUAAAAAUAACAAACUGUAACAGAUGUUGACCCCAUUUCACAGGAAAAACAUUACAUAACCCCAAUUUUUCUGCUGUCACUUUAUUUUCUUUCCAUUUUUCAAGUUAGUGUAAAGUUUCUUUAUUAUUCACAUCUAGAGAUGUUGAUGUAAUGUUAAAAUAUUCUUGUUUGAAAUGUUUUCUGGUUCGGCCAUUCUCUCUUCUGCUCAGUGUUUGUUUUCCAAGCAGUUUUCCGCUGCAUCAUUGCUUAAAUAAACAGUACAAAAACAGAGACAUUUUUUUGCCUCAUCAUAGCGUCUCCUCCCUAUUGUAAGACGAUUUGUCCUAUUGUAAAUGUUAGGAAGUUCCAACCAACGUCACUUUCUGUUUCGGUGUCUUCAGAGAAGUUUUUUUUGUUGUUGUUGUUGCUCAGAUUGAUGAUUAAAGGCAGCAGAGGUGUUUCCGUUUGUUUA